ACCCUAAUGUACACUUCUCUUCUUUCUCUCCCAGCAGACUUUUCUGCUCUAAGUUUCAAUUUUAUCUUCCGUAAACCCGAAGUUUGACAUACUGCGAUUCCGAUAAACUAGAAAUCUGACCUACAAACAUAAGCGAUUAUAUUUUUGCUCUUUUUUUGUGUGUGUUGUGUAUAUCUAUCUACAUCAGAACUUAUGGGGAAGAAGAGAAAGCAGCCCGAGAAAGAGGUUUCAGUAAAGAAAGAAGAAACUGCACCAGAAAGACCUAAAAGAACACUUUUAGGAUGGAAGGAUAAAGAUGCUGAUGUUGAAGAGAAGCAACAAAAUGGCGAUUCUCCAUUUUUUAGGAAUAAGGAGAAACUUCUUGUUACUUGUUCUCGUCGUAUAAGUUACAGGUUCCGUCAUUUGAUGUUGAAUAUGGUUUCAUUGCUGCCUCAUUGUAAGAAAGAUAGCAAAAUUGAAGCUAAAGAAAGCAAGGGUUCAACACUGAAUGAGCUUGUUGAGCUUAAGAGUUGCUCUUCCUGUUUGUUUUUUGAGUGCAGAAAAGGAAAGGAUCUGUAUCUUUGGGUGGCCAAGAGCCCCAACGGACCUUCUGUGAAGUUUUUAGUUGAUGUUGUGCACACUAUGGAAGAAUUGAAGCUCACAGGAAAUCACCUGAAAGGUUCACGGCCACUUAUAACAUUCUCCUCCAAUUUUGAGAAAGAUGCGCACUGGAGGAUGUUGAAAGAAUUGUUAAUACAGACCUUUGGGACUCCAAAAGAUCACAGGAAAGCUAAACCGUAUCAUGACCACGUUUUUGUUUUCUCCCUUCUUGAUGAUCACAUAUGGUUCCGAAAUUACCAGAUUUCUGUUCCCCACAACGAAACAGAUAAAGUGGAUCGUGGUGGUCUGGACAAGAUGACCCUAGUGGAGGUUGGUCCAAGGUUCUGCUUAAAUCCAAUCAAGAUAUUUGCUGGCAGCUUUGGUGGCCCGACAUUAUAUGAUAACCCAUUUUAUGUAUCUCCAAAUGAGCGUAGAGCAGCAGAUAAAAGGAAGAAAGCUGGGAAGUACGCGCACAAGGUCGAGGCCAAGACAAGGAGAAAGGCUCAUGAACAAGAUAAUCCAUUACAGCCUGACGAGUAUGCAGAUAUGUGGAAAGGAGAGUGAUCUCCUAACUAUAGAUGUUGAUCUGAAUUCCUAUCGAUAUGUGGAAAGGAGAGUGAUCUCCUAACUAUAGAUGUUGAUCUGAAUUCCUAUCUUAAUCCGGUCAUGUAUACUACACUAAGCACCAUCUUGAUUUGUGCUCUUUCUAUUUACUGUUUCAGUUUUUUUUCAUGCCUUCAUAUGUUGUUUUAGAUGGUAAAAAACUAAAUCUUCUGUAUCUCAAGGAAUACCAAAGUUUAUAGUUGGUCAA